AUGGCUCUGGCGGACUGGAUUCCAAGGCUUCUUCGGCCCUCUCUUCUAUUGGGGCUGGCUGUCUACCACUUUGGUAUGACAAUACUAGAAACACUUUUCAUCCGUCACGAACCAUCUCUGCUCUUUAACAUUCCUAAACUACAAGAAAAGUCCUUUGCAAGAAUCUGGAUAAACAAUGGCGAAAAUAUGUCUCUCGAAAUGCCAGGCAACUUGGACGACCUUCUCAAAACCGUCCGUGGCACCGUUCUCGACGUUGGCCCUGGCAGCGGGGAACAACUCACUCGCUUUGAUUCCUCGAAAGUCGAUGUUAUGUACGGAGCGGAGCCAGGCAUCGAUCUCCAUCCCGGCUUGCUAAGGAGUGCCGAGAAAACCGGCUUCGGCGGAAAGUACAAGGCCUUGCACUGUGGCGGAGAGCCCGAAAGCUUGAUUCCCGCACUCGCAAAAGCUGGUGUUUUCAAAGACGGUGUUUCCCAAGGUGUGUUUGACGAGGUCGUCUGUGUGCGUGUCCUGUGCGGGGUACCGCGACCCGAAGAGACUAUCCAAGGAUUGUACAGAUUGAUCAAGCCGGGAGGUAGAUUGAUUUUCUGUGAGCAUGUCAUCAAUCCCUGGCGAGAGGACGGCGCCAUACUCGGAAGACUAUUCCAGGCCGUGUAUGCUCUCUUGGGCUGGAAAUUCUUCAUGGGAGGGUGCACAGUUGAUCGGAACACUAAGCAGUAUCUGUUGGACGCACCAGGGAAGGAAGGAUGGGAAGAGGUGCACCUGGAGAGUGUGGAUCCAACGACGGCGAUUCCGUUCAUUGUUGGAUAUCUUGUUAAGAGGGGGUGA